GCGGGCGCCGGACCCCCAGGAGGGACGGCAGGCAACCCGGGCCCCCAGGCGGAGCUGCGGUUCGAGGGGGGGGCACCGGGUAAAUCAGGCACGACAACGGGCAUCGGUCACCAACAUGCAUCAGGUUUAUUUGCUCGCCAGCGGGCACCGCGUCAUCUGGGCAAGGCAGUGGGCACCGAGGUCACCAGGCACGAAACAGUGGGUUCCGAAAAAACUGGCAUGACCACGGGCACUGGGUCAGACAUUUGGAUCGUCUGGCUCGACAGCGGACAUCGGGUCACCAGGCAUCAGGUCAUUUGCUCGACAGCGGGCAACGCGUCCAUCUGGCAAGGCAGUGAGCACCGAGUCACCAGGCACGACAAGUGGGCUCUGAUGUCAAUUGUUACGACGAAAAAAGCGGGCAGCCGGCUGUGGUAGAAACAUCAUGCUGGGUAGAGGCAUCAGGCUGAAUGGAGGCAUCAGGCUGAAUGGAGGCAUCAGGUAAAAACUGGGUAAAAAAGGCAUCAGGCUGGGUAGAAGACAUCAAGGCUGGGUAGAGGCAUCAGGCUGA